AUGUCGGCACCAUUCCUGGCGCAAGGCGAGCGGCGCCCCAGCAGCGCUUACAACACGAAUCCAACUUCCCUGCGAGAUGCACUUUGCAGCCGCAUUCGCACCCUUGGCGCGGCUAUCCUCGCCAUCACGCAGGCGGCGAUGAAGGAGGUGGAAGACCUUGACGCCAACUCCGCGGAGCAACAGCACUGCUUCGCCAAGCAACCACCACGAUGCGAGUCGAGCCCACAUGUUGGCAAACUCGUAGCGAAGGCUCUGCGUCCGCAAAGAGUCUCCCAGCAAACUUCCGGUGGUGAGUCCGGGAGCAGCCCUGCGACACCGGGGUGCGCUACAUCGUCGGGCCCCCAAACACCUCCAAAAGAUAGAAGUCCAUCGAGUUCGCUGGGCAGCAGCAGCAACACGAAGGAGAAGCAGCACCGAAAUCAACGGCCGCCGACGCUGGGGGUUGGGGAAGACAGCAGCACCUCGAUGAGAAGAGAGAAGAGUUCAGAGCGCAUCAUAAAGGAGGUGGAGAACAGCACUGAAGAGGACGCCAGCGGGUGCACUCUUGCGCACCUGCGGCAGAGCGACGCCGCUGUCAUGACACUCUGUGCCGCGGCGGAGGCGAACUUCCUGCGCAUACUCGCCAAACGGCCCCCGCACAACCAGCAGUUUCUACAGUCUGCCUUCACAAGCGAAACUUCGGACACCGUCGCUGCCGGUCGGAACGACGACUGCGAGGAAGACGGUCAGCUACGCGCACUGCAGCACUGGGGCCGUGGUGCCCCGCUGUAUGACCUUAGCAACGCCGCCAUCACUACUCAGUACCACCGCUGCAUGAUCGCGGCCGAGGCGUCGAAGGACAUGGACGACGAUGGCGCUCUGUCGUACAGCACCUUCUCUGACGCGAAGGAGAGAGAGGAUGGCGGCCUCGCAUCGCCGGUGAUAACAGCAGGAGGGGCGGUGCCGCUGUCGGCACGCGCGCCCGUGGCCACAUCACCGCUGUCGCUCCAGGUUGAACGCCGGGCUCUGGAUGCACUUCGCGUUGUGCGGGACAGCAGAACCGGCGCUGCCUCUGCGGCGGCAUCGAACAUCACAACGCCGCACGCCGAGGAAGACGGAUGUACGUUGCGGAAACACGAGACGUCGUCGCCGUUCGCCCUGGCCGCGGUACGCAGCUACUAUAAUGUCGUCUACAUACACCAGCUAACACCGAGAACCGAAUCGACCAUCAGCGGUGGAGGCGGAGGUGGUAGCGAUGCGGACGUGGCAUCAGUAUCUGGUCAAGACAACGAUGUUGCUUGCGCGCUUCGGCGCCGGCCGACCUCGCGAGCGCUGAGUGACGGUGCGAUCUGCAGCACGGCUGCUGACAAAGCGGGCGAGGCGCCGCUCACGAUCACUUCUUAUGUACAGGCUAUGUACGCCGUGGAAAGGGUCGACGCAGCUCCGUGGAGGUCGCUGCCUGACCCAGACGCGCAAGUGGUGCCUCUCAUGGCUGCUACUCCUGCGCUGAUGAGCGGCGAUGCUGAGCUGGUGCAGCUGAAGCUCCGCGUUCCGGCGCAGUGUUCGUGUAGCAACGGUAGCCCGAUUCUGAAGGCUGCAUCGCCUAUUGAGGCGAGCACAAAGCCAACUGAUGUAAAGGACCCCUCUUCCCUCAUUGUCGAUCGCCUAUCUGAAGCGGCCACGGACGUGUCUGUGGCCGCUCAACACAGCGACGGCACAGCGGCUGCCGCUCUUGCGACUGCGGCGGAGGCGCUGAUUGCAACGCGCAUCAAAUCAAUCGAAGACUGGCGACGAGAUGGCCUCGCCGACGUUGAGGAACACAUCCGCCGUCAGCACCGAUCCUCUGUGGUCUCUGGCGGGUCUCAGGGCGUGUACUACUACUUCUACCCGAACUCUCAAGGUGCUACGGCAGCGGUGGAUGGAGCCGCCACGCCGACGUCCAUCCCGGAAUCCUCGCCAAUACAUGCUGAGCGUAGCGCCACCCUCAUUCCGCAGCAGCCACAAGAACACCAGAACCUUCAGACUUUUCCGCCAUCUUGCGUCUUGGCAAGUCUCUCGUCGACAGACAAGGCGGCCACGCGCGCGGCGUUGCUGCAGACGCGCCGACAGUCGUCCACGCUGCUACGCUCAUCGAAAAAAGCCAUGACUGGCGCUGUAACCACUCUCUCGUGCGAUUCUGACAGUGAUCGCGUGCCGACGCGCCAACCAGCUGAGCUGUCGCAUAGAACUCCGAGCAGGAGUGUGGUGACGGAGAUAACGACGCCGACCUCAGCAGCGACCGCUGGGAGCGGUGAAAGGAGUGCCACUGUCGCAGCGACGCUGACUCCCUCUUCCGAGAGCGGGCCAUACUGGCGGCUGCUGUUGGUGGUGGCAAACGCAUACAACUCAGCCCAGUGUGCCCUCGGUUUCGCGCCCCGGCACGCGUCCACUGCGAUGCUCCAUCCGGCAGAAGGUGAUGCCCUACUGCUAUCGGCACCAUCGCUGUGGUCGGCACAUCAGAAGCGCAAGCAGGCCUGGGAGGAGGAGGAUCGCUCGCACGCCUGCACGCAGCAGGCGCACGGCUUGGACAUUCACGCCCCGAUUGAUAUCCGAAUCACGUAG